CAACUUCUGAUCCGGUAGAUCGAUUGGCCAACAGAUUUCUCUCAAGGACACCCCGUAUCGGCAUCAUUCAUGAAAUUUCUUCUCGAACUCAUCCAAUCUCAAUCUCAUGACGCCUCAGAAUUGGUAGCACUCAGUACAGAUGCCCGGGAAAGUGGACUGAGAGACGAAAAGGCUACAAUACACGAGUUCAUCGAUACCUUGGAACGGAUUACUAACGAACUCAGAUCAGAUCCCAACGCAACUGCUUUCCUAAGUAGAGUGAGGAAGACUGACGCAGCUGAUUACUAUGAUGUUAUCAAAAAACCAAUGGAUCUGGGUACGGUAUUGAAGAAAGUAAAAGGAGGAGUGUACAAAACAAAAUCGGCAUUCAACGAUGAUCUGGAAUUGAUUUGGACGAAUUGCUUUACCUACAAUGAAAAUAGGAAUCAUCAUCUUCGUGCAGCUGCUGAAUCCUUACGAAAAAAAGCCCAGGACUUAUUGAAGUUUGUCAGCGAGCCAUCAAUAACUCGACCAACCCCUAACGGAACAGCGCAACACGCCAGUCGAGCUGGCACCGCAGUACCUACUCCCUCAAGUCCUUCCACAACACCAAAUUUACCACUACUAGGCCUGAAGUUGGCAGAAGAACGAUGGAGGAAGACUGAGAGAGGUCGCGCAACAGUAACAGAAGAGACCCCAAUCGAAACCGAUAACCCACCGGUAUCCCCAACCCGUGAACAAAACACGCCUGUCGUUCCUCAGACUAGCUGUCCAAUCCCAACAUCACAAUCCGAGCUUCGAUUGGAGCAGCGGAAGGCACUAGUCCGGGAUCCUGAACGAAUGUGGAAUUGGUUUGAAGGCCGAGAAGAUGAACCAUUUGAGAUCGUCGAGGCGGACUCGCUGAUGACCGGCCUGCCUGCUCUACCCUUUGCUUCUCGCUCUACUCCUAAACCACGUGAACGAAAGAAGGAUAAAAGGAAGGAACAGCAACAGUCUGCUGCAGAGGAAGGACUGAAAAAACCUAUCUCAGCUAAUAUCAAUACUCUGUGGGAGAUCAAAAAAGUUUAUCGAAAACUUUCGAACUUGUUGAUGGGUAAUCCGCUGAGAGGUGAAAUUGGAUCAGAUCAAAUUCUCGAGGAAGAUGAACGAGUGAAACCGCUCGGAUCGGAGGAUAAUGGGACGGAUGACGACGAGGAGGAGGAGGAAGCUCAGCCGGGGAAAUUGUUCAAGAAUUUGCCAUCGGCUGAAGUUUACGAAACUUGCCUAGCAAAUUCUGCCGCUCAAAAUGCAAUGUUACAAAUCAUCACAAUGAUGAUUGCGCAUGUUGGGUUCGAUGCAUCACAUACGGGAGCGCUACAUUGUCUCACAGAGAUCGCGAUCCAAUACUUAUGUAACAUUGGCCGGACGUUGCACUUUUUUGCCGACCGAUUCUCGCCGGUUUUAUCGGCCAGUGAGAUGAUCUAUCAAACGCUUCGAGCAAAUGGGGUUGGUGGGUUGGACGAAUUGGAAAGCUAUGUCAAAGAUGAUGUGGAUAAGUAUGGGAACAAGUUGAACGAUUUGUUGCGAAAAUUACAAGCCGGUUAUGGGAAUGGGCUGGCAGGAACAGCGGCUAAGGUGAUCGGUGAUGACGACUUCUUUUCAAGGGAUGGUGAAGCACUGAUGACUGGGGAAUUUACGACUGAACUUGGUGAAGAUUUCUUUGGUCUACGGGACAUCGGACUAGAUUCAGAGUUAGGAUUGUCCUCUUUGAGGAUCCCAAGUCGGUUGUUUCACGGCCGGCCUAAGCCUGAUGCUGAUCGAGCAUCAGAACAGAAAAUCGAGGAUCAACCAAAACCUGAGCCAAGAUUUGUAAAACCCCCGGAAUUUAUACCCUUAAAACCAGAGUGGAUAGAAGAACAGAUCGGGCUACUGCAGCCGAUUUACAAAGCCAGGUUGGAGACGAAAGAGUUUAAACUAAAAGAUGACGACCAAGUAACGAGAUUGCCGAAGAUCAUUCGGCCCAAGGUCCCUCCCUCUGGGAAGAUCCCUAUCAAAAGAAGAACUGCGCCCGUCUCGCUAUCUACCAUUAACAACAACAACCACUCCGAGCCUGCUCAAACCGCAAAUAAAAAAGUCAAACUUGAUCCCACUCCUCAGCUUCUCUCAAACCCUCCAAAUCCUCAAAAACUUAGUAACAAUUCAUCCAUUGAGCCUCCUAAAAAUAAUGGGAUCAAUGCGGAUGUGGUCAUGAAAUAAUCAGUUGUUUAUUCAUUCCUUUCAUUAUUUGUUAACAUAAAUUUUGAGGAUUACUUUUCUUUGUCAAAUCAAUUUGCAUCCAGUGGUAUAUAUACUUUGAUCAUGUUUGCUUUCAAUUUAUAUGC